AUGGAAGAAAUGGUCAACGAACUAAAUCUGGAAGGCUUGAAGAUCGGCUUAGAAAUGAAUAUGUCCAAAACGCAAGUGAUGGUGAACCAGUGGUGUAACACAGAGUCUCGUAACAUGAACAAUCAGUAUGAUUUCCUCUGUCAAAAAGAGUCUCGUAACAUGAACAAUCAGUAUGAUUUCCUCUGUCAAAAAGUUCGAAGCUUUGUGGAAGGUAUUGGUAAAACUUACAACGAACGCGAAGCUGUUUGCGAAUACGACGACAACCAA